GUGCAGCAGGUUUGUGUGAAGCGCAGAGUGAUGCGGAGCUCGGGAAGAUGGCGGACUUCUUGAAGGGAUUGCCAGUCUAUAAUGAAAGCAACUUCAGUCGGUUUCAUGCAGAUUCAGUUUGUAAAGCUUCGAAUAGACGGCCAUCUGUGUACCUCCCAACGCGCGAAUACCCAUCCGAACAGAUCAUUGUAACAGAAAAGACCAAUAUAUUGCUUCGAUACCUCCAUCAGCAAUGGGACAAAAAGAACGCAGCGAAGAAAAGGGACCAAGAGCAAGUGGAUGUUGAAGGCGAGAGUUCGGCCCCACCAUGCAAAAUUGCCCGCACAGACAGUCAGGACAUGAUUGAAGACACUUAAUCCUCUGUCCACAAGACGCAAGUGCUUCCCUUCUCAUCAUGCAAUGUCUUACAGUCUCUCCACCAUGCAGCCCUUCAUUUGUAUAUCAUAGGAGCACCUUUAUUUAUUUGCGUGUAAUUUAUGGUCUGGGUGAGGGAGGGAGGGAGAAGGGGCAAGUGAAUCCAGCAAAAGCCCUCUGCAGUGUCUAGUCACAGUCAGCGAUUAUCCAGACUGCUUAAGGGUUUUAGAGGUUUCUGAGGCAAAGGCUGUGUUGGUAUAGCUCAGAGUCUGAUUAAAAAGUGUGUAGGAGUCAGAGCCUCAAAGUGUUGAAUGCAGUGGUCCUGAAGUGCAACUCGAACACAACUAUACUGCCCACAGUAUUUACACUCAGAUCUUCCUAAUAUUUGACAUGUAUCUAUCACUGUCAUUAACCUUAUACUCCAACAGGUUUGUAGUUCAGGUCAUUGUGAAGUUUUCAGUUGCAAGUGCAGUUUUCAGAAAUUGACAGAUAGCCUAUGUCAGAAUUAAUAAUUUGAGCAAAUUAUUACCCAAAAGCAAAACCCAAUCCUUUGAGUAGCUGCGUUUGGUUGUUGUGUUAAAAUUCCACUCCCUCCUUUCCCACCUCCCACACUCAUUCCUGGAAUGAGAGAUGGGCAGUGAUUGAACUAACAAACCCUAUGUUAGACUUUGGCUUGUAGCAGGACGUGGCAAGAUUAGUAUGACAAUCUCUGAACCCGUCUGGUGGGUAGAGCCCGACGGAAGGGGUUGGAAGUGGGUUAUUCACACCAGAGCUCCUGAAACUGUUGGCAUUUGAACUAUAUGCUGACCUUGUGUGCCAUUUGGUUUUAUGAUUAGUUUUUAUUUUAAGGGAAGCCAUAUUGUAUGGGUUUGUUUCUUUUUAAAAUAAAUGUUUUCUGACGUUCCAAGAGUUAUCGUUGCAAGUGCUGGAAAAUUGUUGAUUCAAAUUCUCAAGGUCUGAAGAAAUUUGAUGCAAGAAAAACCUCAGGACAGGUAACAAUUCAACCCUGAAAUCAUGAUAUAGCUGUUCUCUGCCUUGUAUAGUGUUAAUUUGUCCACUGUUUUAAUGCAGGCAUUGAACUACUUAUGCUGGGUGUGACAUGACCGGUGCAGUCUAGCUUAUGACUGCAUUAAGUUGUUCCAGUGUUAACCUCAUAAACCACAUGCUAAAACUGCCUCUGUUGGAUGAACUUUUCUAAGAAAUCUUUUUGGUUAUGCUUGCAUAUUGGCAGAGAAAAAUUAAUCUCAUUUGCACUACAUCACCAUGGAAACCUGACUUCAAAGAGCAGUGUCUGCUUAAUUGAGUUGCCUUUUUCGGAAGAAAUGUAUUCCAGUGCUUUUUUAAGAUGAAACCAUAGUGUGCUCGAUAUGACUGGAGUGGGUCUGGGAAUGUACAGCAUAGUGGAAAGAGGAACCUGGGUUUAGCUGUUGGUUUGAUGAGCAUUGUUACAUGGUGCAUGAUGCCUGAGCCAUGUACGUGUUGCUGACUGCUCCUUGUUAACAGAUGAAGAUUGGGAUAAAUGAGCAAUUGGUUUCAGUUCCAGUAGCAUUAGACCUUUAAACCCAUACAUUGCCCAGCUUUACUAAGGUGGUGCUUUGUCAGGGCCUCUGGGAUCUUUUGUUGUGAAUGUGUGUCUCUGCUUCCACCUGAAUUUUAAUUCAUCUUCAGAGUUGAAUUGUCCAUUGCCAUUGCUAGCAGGUUGAGGUGUGAUUGGAGGGUCCCUCUUACUGGUAAUAGAAUACUUCAGGGCUGUGAUAACUUUUAAGUAGUACUCAUUUUUUUAAAAUUAAAAAUAAUGGACUGAUUACCAGGAAAAGUGGACAGUGAUCUGUUGCUUAGAGGGAAAUUGUGUUUGCCAGUUCAUUUCUUCCAUUAUUCCUGCUCCUGUGAUGGUCUGUUCUGUUUCUCCAUGUUUUGGCUUCCAAAGGAGUCAUGAUGUCAUUUUGGGAUGGUGGUGUUAUUUUUAAUGAUAAAUACAUUGAGGACUACUCUGCUCCCUGUGUGAGCUGGAUCCCUCAGUAAGAGGAGAGGCUGCACUUUGCAAUGCUCUGGCUUAUCACUCCUUUGACACUUGGCCUUAGUGAAAGGCCUUACUGUCAGCCCCAACUGGUGCUCUGACCUUGGGUCUUGAAGGAUGGUGGAGUUUGUUUCCCAAUGUACAGAGCCUUGAUUUGGGAGUGGGGAAUGAAAUAGUGCUGUGAUUCAUUAGUAGAUAAAGUUAUGCUGAGCUCUUGCAACUAAGAUCAUGCAGGCUUUAUUGAAAAACUGCAACUGUUUCAACAUUUCCGACAUGACUACCCUGAUUCCCGAACAGGUGUACUGGACCCUGAUCCAUCAUAACAACCCCAUCUCCCCAAAAGUUCCCCUUUUUGGGUUUUUAACAAUAAAAUAUGGAUGAAGAUGGAAAGUGUGCAGACUGGAGACCUGAUUGAAUCUGAUGGUCUUCCUCCUGUCAAACUGUGGAGGGAAAGGCUAGCGUUGUGUGAGGGAUUACAUGGACCUGAUCUCAGCUAUGGGCUCGAGAGUUUUUCAUUCAGAUUUGUGCAGUUAAUAACUUUAUGAAUUUAUCUCCAGUAGCAUUUCUGUGCAUUACAAUUACUGUGCUUCAGAAGCACUUCACUUAGUUGUAAGGAAAGGUGCUAGAGAAAUGCAAAUCUUUUCAAAGCAAUUCAGUAAAAGGUCUACCUGUUGCUUCAGUAACUCUGGAUGUAUUUCUUUUGUCAUUGAUACUUUGUUUCUGCACCUAUAAGUGAGCUGACAUUAUCUGUCUUCACUAUCAAGCAUUUGACUCGCUUACAAAUCCAUAGUACCCAAAUGCACUUAAUUCAACACUGAAUUAGUGGCCUUUUUCUCAUUGCCUACCAGAGAAGUACAUGGGUUGGAAGAGUGGGGGGUAGUAGGAAAAAAUGUGGUUCUAUCAUAUGGGACAGAGAGGAGGUCAGGUUGUUCCUUGUGUAGGGAGCUAUCAUUGACAUCUUGAUUCAGGGUCAAAAUGAAGAGUACAGUAGAACCUCCUGACUGGGUUACGCAUUGAAGUGACCUGUCCUACUGUCCCGUCAAGGCUGAGAAAUUCACUACAUUUCUGAAUUUUUGCUUUUGAGCCUUCCUUCAAUCCCUGUCCUUUUGCAAGUGAUAAUUUGCCAAAACUGAUUACAAGAUCCUGUGUCAGUGUAGCUCAUGUGAGAGUGCAGGGUUUGGCGUUCAUAUGUCAGCUUUGCCAGAAAUGAGUUGUGCUUCAGUAUGCCAUUGGAACCGAGUCUCACCUGAUGGAGUUAAGGAUAGCAAUAGUCCUGGUCUGGUGAGCAGGGAAACCCAGCAAGGACCUGCCUCUUACUGGAGUGCAGCAUGACCUGUUGCAUGAUGUCAUGGUCCUGCAAUGUGUAGAGAUCAAGUGUGGCUCAUUGCAUUCUCCCAUUGCAGCCUCCUGUUUCCACAAGGUGAAUCACUCUGUCCCUUUUAUCUGAACAUUUUCAAUAUUUCAGGCAAACUGCUUGUGAUACUUCGAGGCAGCAAACUUUGCAUGAAUCUUGGAGUGCUAUUUGUGUUAGUUCUACCCACCCUCUUUCCCCCCUCCCAUUUCCCUGCCCCUGGCAGCAGUUAGGAUUCUACCAGACUCUGAGUGUAACUGUUUACCACUAGCAGUCAUUGCUAUUGUAUGGAUGAUACCACAUUCCCAUUUCCCUGCAAAUCGUCAUAGAACGAUGAACGUUUGUCCCCUUGGACCUUGAAGAAAAAUAUUUGAACUCCCAAAGUUUGAAUCCAGGCACUAAGAUCAUGAACUUUGGUCAGCUUGUCUUAUAUAUUAAAAGGAUCAUAAGCACUGUCUUCCCAGCUCCCCGCAAGUACAAAUGACACUACGGUGAGUCUCGGCUCUCUGUUUGAGUAUGUUCUGCAGUGGAGUCCCCUGAAGGUUGUGAAGUUGGUUUGCAUUCACAGCUCCAGCCCUUGUUAAAUAAUAAUGUCAAUCACAAUCUCUCUUCCCUUGACCACCACCUUGCUCUGCAUGAACUCCAUGAGCUGCUACCAAUCAAUAGCUGGCUUUUAUUGGAUUUUUAGAAAUAAAUAAAACGUCACAGAAAACUUGUAAUAAAGGUGUUUAUAAAUGUGAAGAAUGUAUAUUUUCUUUUUUUUGUAAUACUCAGCCCAGAUCAGUGUGAUUACUGAGCUGAUCAGAUCAGAGCGCAUUUCAGUCUUGAUAACAGGUUGUGAACAGAAAAGGCACAUUAUUCCUGGACUGUUAAACUUCAAGACCUGAAUUGGAUGGGUUUUGCUGUUUUCUAUUUCCUAUAACUACUCUUUGCACCCCUGUAGUUGGAAGCAUUGACUCCUGCUCUGGGGAUGUGUCUGAUCUUGCAACUAUCCUGCAUUGUCAAGGGAUUGGGGGAAAUCAUUGUUUUAUCCUGAUCCUGUUCUUGCUGGGCAUUCUGCUCGGGCCUUUGCUGUGCACCCUUCGAACAUGAUCAUUUUCUGAUUCGCAUUACUGCAGCAGUCCACUCAAAACCAGGAAUAAUUCCCAAGCAGAAGGAAGUGACCGGUUUAGAAUUGGCCCUGGUGGGAAGGAGCUGUUGGGAGAGUGGGGCAAUAUCAUGUGUGUGAAACUCAGUUGGCUGCUUGUAUUGUGUGUAUUGCCAAUGUUAUCUCUUAUCCAUUGUCUGAGCUGGGGUGUGGCUGGGGGGGGGGGGGUCAAUCCAGGACCCCAGAGUUGGAAAUACCUCCCUGGAUAAAUCUUUUCCUUUCUGUUAUGCAAUUUCAUUACAGAAAUUAUUCAGUUCCUUGUAAUUAUUCUUUGUAAUUAUUCAGUUCCUGAUUAACUUUCCUUGUAUUACAUUGAUCAUUGCUUUCUUGCAGUGAAUAACUGGUAUGGCAUGGCAUCUUUUGGGUAUUGCAGUGGGCAAUCUUUGGGAGGGUGUCUUUUAUUGUGGGGAUGGCAUGGGUGGGAGCUGCUGAGAUAGACCAACAGGGCCUCACCUGGACUCACUGGAUAUUCUAAUCUCAACUCUUCUCAAAAAUAGCACAGGACUAGUGAUGUGAAACCAAUUUUAGCUGCUCGUUCACUGCUUUUUUGCUGUCAGCUCCAACUAAUGCUGAGGAUUUAGCCUGGAUGCUGUCCUUUGUGUGGCUGAGAAGCAGGUGAUAUUUGGGGCGGGGGUGUUCGGAGGUGGUCAGGGGAGGUGUGUUGCCAUAAUAGGGUUCCUCAUGUUCCCCUUUGAAGUAGAACAAUGAAUGGUAUAAGAUAUGUGCUUGAUGAGAUCACAGUCAGUAAUUACCCUGAUCUGGUGUACGUUGCUCUCUGAAUUUGUACAAAUUUUUUUGAGCUUUCUAUUGUGGAUUUAGCAAACAAAAGCUGAUGUAACUUCUAGAUGCAAAUUAAAAUAUUUUGACAAAUACCA